GGGAGAGGGGGUACUGCUGUUGCCAGACGACGGGGAGUGUACCGCAGGACAGAAGCAGAACAUGAUGGCAUGGCAGACGAAGAUGAAGACGAGGAUGAAACUCGUGAAGAUGUGUCAAAGCCCAAGAACCUGCUCUCAAAAGAUGGCAAAGACGCAAGGAAAUACUUAAAGGCGCAAAUCACGAUAAUGUUUCGGAGGAUAUGCGGCGUCAAGGCAAUAGACAAAUGGCCAUCACCAUCUGAAGGAGAACGUCAAAAUGCAGAUACAGGCGAGGUUUACUACACACCAGAUUUCGCGAGUGAUGUGCAGGACCCUACAAACAUUGAGAUAUUCCACAAGGUAGCCAACAUCACCUGGAGCGAAAUGCAAAAAGACAAAGACGACUGGCCGAAGUUCCUCAAAAUGAAGAAGAUCCGAUGGAAUAAAUCCACGCUCGUUCAUUUUGCCAAGGAAACAUUCAGAGGAUUCAAGUCGAAAUUGAGAGCGGAGACAGAUCCCGAGCGUGGAACUGCACUCGAGAUUAAUCAGCGCACAACUCGGUGGUCCAACCGUCGCAAGGAGAAAGCAGGAAAUUUGCUAUCCAAUGUCGUCAUUGAAGAAUACAAGGCACAGAAUGGUGGCAUAGACCCAUCUCCGCUUAUCAUCCCUGACCACAUGUCAGAUGAAGCAUCUGGACCCGAGGACGCGGACGAGUCAGAGACAUACGAUGACUGGAAGCGUCGAAUGGCAACCUUAGCAGGAUUUGGUCCCGAGACACCAACAUCACACCUUAAACUGCUUGAAGUCAUCCACCCGCAGUGGAGGAGUCUUGCACAAAGCAAAGUUUUUGAGAACUUACGCAAUAUUUGGUGGACCGGCAAGAGUGCCAAGGAACGCGAGAAGUUCUCGAUCCGAGUGAGAGGUUCCAUGCGAUGCUCUACUGACGCCGACAUCCCGAAGGUAUCACCAUACGACUUCGGAAUCGAUCUCGAGUGGCUCACUGAAGCGCGAAAGGAGCGUCUCCUUGAAGAACGUCUCAAGGACUGGGGGAAAUAUGGGAAUCCAACUGGCUUCGAAGCCGAACGUGAUCGUGAUGCUGCAGGUGAGGGACCAGAAAUUGAGGGGGAUGUUGAUGCUGCACGUGAAGCUGAAGGGGAUGUCAAUGUGGGAGCUGAGGACAAUGGCACGAGUGAGGGUGACCAUACAGGUGAUGGAGACGGAGCUGCUGAUGACUGGUAUUGA